GUCCAUCUUUAAUAGGAAGUAGUUUGAUUUUAAUGGGCUUAAAAUUCCGUAAAGUUAUCAGUUUGACCUUCUCACUGCAAACUUGGGCUUACUGGUAAGUAGUUUGAUUUUGGGUUUAAUGUUAUCCCUGGGUCAGGAAUAGUUUUUAUCCGUUUAAUCUUAUUAUUGGUUCAAUUGUAGCAACACUUGUCAGAGAGGAUGAAAGGAUCACAGAUCUGAAGUAUGGUGCCCGAUGACAAAGGAAUUCUUUGCAGAAUAUCUGAGGAGGGAAAACUCAAAGAGGAAGCAGGCGCUGUAUGUGAUGAACCCUAACAAGUUCAGAGCAUGUGAAUUUCUGAUCUCAUCACACGCUGGUUCAAGACGGCAAGAAGCUCAACGGCUGGGUCAUAUUCUUAGGGCAAAAGGAAAACUUGAAGAUAGGAUGGCAGGAGGGAAGAAAGAGUACAAUGCAUUCUUUUGCUCUCUUGUAUCUACGGAUACACAGGCGAAAAUUGCUUAAGUGGCUGAUCAAGCGGCUUCAUGAGUCUCCAAUGCUUGCAGUUUGAAUUGACAGGUUUAAAUUGCAGUGCCCAUUGAACACCCUUCAAUCGCAUCAGCAUGAGAUUUGCUGUAACAUUUUCUUUACUCCACGCCAAACUUGACAUUGUAUUUACUCUCCAAGAUUACCAAAUUAAUUAUAUGAUUGGUCUGUUGAGUGAAAUUCGGAUGGAUAUCCUUGUGUAGCUUCAUCACUUGCACUACUGUACCAAGCAUCCUUGUGGUAAUUAUAGAUGAUUCACUCAGCUAUUUUUGUUUUUCUUUUGUUUGUUGUGUGCAGCAGUUUGGGGUUGUCCUGGUUCAGCUUUGGCGGACAUUCUUUUUCUUUUCACUUGGAUGAUUCCUCGUAAUCCUGUUGUUUCUUACUUUGGCUAAUAUUAGUUUUCCAUCCUUAGAAAAUAAAUACACAAAAAAUACUGAUAUACUUGUUCUUCGAAAUGUUCAGGUACUACGCUGUGCAGAAUGUAUCGGCACUACGGAGAUUGGCUAUCCGCAGUGUAAGCAUUUCAUAAAGCUGGCGAUGUGGUACCCAGGAGCCAUCCAUCAAAUAUCGAAAUGAGUUACUGUCACUAUGAUGCAUUGGUCAUUUGGAGUUCUUUUUUACCAGGAAUCAUAUCUUCUUCCUCUGUCCUAACUCGACUGAAGUUCUCAAGUAGAGCCUAGGGCUGAUUAACAGAGUUUGCCAUCCAUGUUGUGAUUUCCAGGAAUUCUGUAAUUGGGUAGUGAGAACAUUCAAGGGUAAACAAGCUUCUGUAAAAAUUGUGAGAUUGAUUUGGAAUCUAACUGUAAUUAUUCUGUGGAAGGAAAGGUGCAAGAGGUUAUACAAUGGAUAUUGGAGGUGUUUGUGAUCGAAUUAAGUACAUGGUUUCUG